AUGUAAUAAGACUUGGAUAUUCAUCAGGUGGGCAUAGCAAUUGCAAUAAGAUACUCAUUGACAAUGGGAGCAUUUUCAGUCACACCAAAUGGACCUGAAGUUUUAUUGCUUGAUUACCCCAGCCAUCAAAGACAACUACUCCCUCUUCUUGCAAAGACAUAUGCCAUGAGCUUUGCUGCUAACUUCUUGAAAAGGAUGUAUGUGAAGAAGAAACCUGAAAUGAUCAAAACCUUACAUGUUGUUUCAAGUGCCUUUAAGGCUACCUUAAGCACGCAUAAUAUGCGAACACUUCAGGUAGUAGCAGACAUCACAGUUGUGAUCAAAAUGUCUUGUGGAGUCCAUUUUUAACUUUUAUUUUAGAUUAAAUAUUAUCUUGUGUUUAUAAUUUAUUAUUGUGAUGAAAGUAUUGAGAUUGAUUGAUAUAAAAUAUUGUAUUGAUAGUAUUGUAUUGAAAGUGCAUUGAUAAUAUUGUGUUCAUAAUAUUGUAUUGAUA